AAAACAAUGUUUGGAAGUUUCAAAGAGGGGUUGUUGAAGGUUAUUUUUGCUGAUUUAAGGUCGCCAGGUUUUUAACUAACUUGUUUACAUCUUCAAAAAAUGUGCGCAAUUUGAAAUAUGCCUUUGCAACUGUGCAUUUAGUGUAUUUCAAAUGGCAAGUGAAAUACUUUGCUCGCGAUUUCGACGCUUGUUCCAUAACGAUUAUGCAUCAAAGUACGUAUUUGGUGCUUAUCGGCACCUAACAUCUGGUGAAGUUUCAACAGCACUUCGACCAUUCUACUUCACAGUACAUCCUGACUUAUUCGGCCAGUUUCCUUCUGAGAGAGCUAUCAAUGAAAAUUCUCUCCAGGUGCUGAGCUCAUUUCUUGAAGGACUUCAACAAAAUCGAUACACUAGACCGACAACAGUGAAAUUCUUCUUGAAACCCCAAAAAACUGUUGACCGAGUCACAUUGAAGUCAGUGCAGAUUAAUUUGGUACCACAAGAUGUACGUAAAACAGUCAUCACUAUACUUUCUUCUUGCAAUCUGCCCACAACAUAUGUUGAUAAGAUUACACCUCAGCCGCCGCCCCCUCCACAAAAAAAGGAUCUCGAUUUUCGGGAAAAAGUCAAAAAGCAUUAUGGAGAUUAUGAGUACAAUACACAUACCAGUACCAGAGUGAAAAUGGAAGAAAUCAAAAAGGCAAAGGAAGCGGAAACACUCAUGGCGUGGCUUGAGGGAGGCGUGGCCGAGACGGCACGUGCCAAGACUUUGGCCAACCGACCGGUGGUGGCCGACAUAGAGCGGUUACGUCACCAGCUGACUGACCGACUUGGUCUCACCGACAUCACGUGGGACUGCGGCUGGAAUGUCGCCCACUUCCGCGGUUGUCUGCUCAGCUUCAACGCCCUUGUCGAACAGCAUGCUGACAGUGUCCAACACCUCAAAGGAAGAAGAUUAGUAUUUGGAAAUGAUACUGGUGUCACCCUGGAUGGCCAAAUCUUCCUAAAUAGAGGCGAAGUCAGACAUAAUUGGCUCGAUUUCAUAAAAAACGUAUGGAAAGAUGACAUUGUCCUCCAAUCAGUUCCUGCCUUUGAAAAAGCUGUUUCACAGGUUCUGAGGGAAAUAAAAGUAGCCAGGAGGAAGUUCCAGCCUACAACAAUGGCCAAACAAUACGAGAUCAAUCUUCGUCGAUUGACGACAGCUUUAAUAGACUACCAGGGUCGGAGGGGCUAUCCCAAGCAGUGGCCUCAAUCACUCAGCCAAUUUCAAAUCGUGGUUGAAAGUGAGGCUGGUCCCCUGAUGGUUUCACCAACCGGACAGUUUAUUGUUCCAUCUUCUUGUCCAGCUUUUCUUCUAGUCAAUUUCAUAACAGACAACAUGAAACAGGCAGCUGAUCUACUACAACAAUAUAAGUCGCAUAAAUAUAUUGAAGUCGAGCUUCAAAGACAAUGCAAAUCUGCAUUUAAAUUGGCGGAUUUGAGAAAAGAUGACAAUAUAACGCCGACUUUGAUGAUAAAGUGUUGUGACCAGCUGCUAACCAGGAAGGAGCAGCUGAGGCCACUCCUGCAGGGCAGCUAUUUAUACAUAACCAACUAUUACUCAGUCAUGUCUGAUGGCCAGAUCUGUAUACCUUGGAACUUCAGAUUUUAAACCAAUAGUUAUUCAAGUUGAAUCCAUGUCUUCCUAUAUAUUCAUCAAUGAUAAUCAUAGAAUUAUUAAUUAUAUCCAACUCUUCAGAGGGACUGACGACAAUGUUAAUUUCCCUGAUGACGAAAUACUCAUGUAUUAGAUAUUAAAAUAGGAAGGAUGUGAAAUCUAAUGAUUUUUGAUAUCAUCUGUAUUCAGAAGCCUGAAUACUGAAUAA